AUGGCGCCUGCAAACAGAGGAGAAGUGUGCCCGCCGCCGCCUGGACGGGGCGCUACCAGCCUGGAGAAGCGGAUUCCCGGCGCAGCGAGAGGCGAGGCGGAGAACGGCUCCGCGACUCCGAGGCCAGACACCCUGCUCCCCCACGGCCGUCUCUCCCCGAGAGACGAUGCAGCACCGCUCUCCCCGGUAGGGGCGGCUUCUCUCGCGUCGAGUCUGCCUUCGCCACGGAGCCUCACAGACUCUGCGCGGGAGCCACCGCUUGACGCGCUCCCGCUAGCAGCUCUGAGCGAGGACGACGCAAGGGCGCCUGCCGCACGUUCUCCUGAGCAGCUCUCGAGUGGAGACAAGGCCGCCGCCGGAGAUCCGCCUCAGUCUGGCUCCCCACUUCUCACCGCAUCUUCCGCCCCCUCUCGAGAUGACCGCGCGACACGCCACUCGAGUCCAGAUCUAUCUUUGCGAGGUGAGCGGCGAGAGGACGAGCAGACCGCGCAACUCUGCCAGGCCGCCGCCAUCCAGGUUCCGGCAGAUAACGUCGACGUCGGUGGCGACCGCGUCCCCCUCUCCUACGGGGCGCUCUCUGUGACCCCGCGUGUGCAAGCGGAGCCGCCGUGUAGAGAGCGGGCAACUGAAGAGGUGAAACAGCCUUGCGGGCUGUUUUCGCCUCCUUUUUCUCCCGAGUUUCGCAUCGAUGGCAACUCUGCGCCGCCCCUCCAGCUCGAGGACCUCCUCAAGCUCCUGUCCGUUGGCGGCUCUUCCGGCCUGCAGACGUCAGCGAGAGCGGGGGCAAGCGCCGACGCGCCUGCGUCUUCGCCUGUGGCUCAAAAUAGCCCGGGCUCUUUCUGUCCCUUCCUGGAAAACGUGGUGACCAGCAGAGCUGCCGACCUGCCGCCGCCGGGGUCUGCAAGUCUGGCGCCCGGCUUUGCGCCCGAACGGCCUCAUGCGGUUGGAGGAGCGCAGUCUUCACUCAGUGAUGCCGCCUGCACCAUGUCCGACCUCGGAGUUGCUUUUCGGCUUUUUGGAGACAACAACCCCUGCAGCGCGCCGCAGCCUUCCAGGCCAGAGAGAAAAGGGCAGCAGGCCCUUUUUUUCCGUGCCGACCCGCGCGGAACCAUGCGCCCACGCCAAUGGCCCAGCACUGAGACGGGCGUCCGCAGCAACCCCCCCAGAUUCGGAGGCAUCCACGCCUUCAAAGGCGGCCGCGGCAUCUUUGGCCGAGGAGAGCGAAGUGCAGCAAACUUUGAAGUGAAUAGUCUGCAUGCGAUGAAAGCUCUCCAAAGCGCGCAGCCAGACACGCGGGAUUCGCCGCUGUCUCGCCUCGUCUUCGACGAAGACCGAAAUCCAGAGUCCUCCGCCCCGCGCCUCCCGGCUGCGCCAGGCCAAGCCAAGCCGCCUGGCGUCGGCAUCCGCACGCCAACUGAUAAGGACGCCCUCCCGUCGCUCGACGUGCUUCUGACAGCGCUGACCCGCUGCGGCGGACUGCCUCCGCAGUCACACGAGGAAGAGGACAAAGGGUCGAAGCUGAGCCGUCUUCUCUCUCUCUCAGGCGUAGCCAAGGCACUCGCAAGAGCCGUGGCUGGGACCGCGAGUCCGGGUGGCACGGGCCUGGGAGACAGUGCUUCCGGCGUCUGGGGCCCGUGUCGGGAGCGUCUCUCUCCCCUACCUGUCGACUCCGAGAGGUCGCGGCAGGCCGCCCAGUCGCGUCCGUCUCUGUCUCCCUCAGUCGGGUUCAUCCCCACUCGCGUUCCUACGCCGCCGGAGACUGUUAUCCUAUCUGCACCUCCCGGCUUCUCCCACCUGCGGCCGCCGCCGCCGCUGCUGACCGACGAGGCGCUUUUCUCCUCUCGCGAGCCUCACGCCGCGCGCCCGACCAACAGAUGCGUGCCUCCCCACCCUGGCGAGCCGAAGGCACUUUCCGGUUUUCUGCGUGACUCGCGAGAGAUGAACGCCGCCAGUCUCCCGGGCGAGCCUCCGCGACCCACGCCCGGAGCCCCGUGCAUGGGCGCAGGGUACCAGGGACCCGGAGCGACAGCGCUCCGGCGAGUCUCCCUUGAGGGCACAGGGAGCGUUGCGGGCGCGCUGGGCUCCAGCGCGCUCGGGCAACGCAGUCCAGUAGCCACGAGUCGCGACUCUGUCAAGGAAUUGGGCGACUUGGAGUCCUCGACUACGCUGGCCUCCGAGGGCGCCAUCCCCGUUCACCGGACAACGAAGAAGACGCGGAGGGGCAAGCGUGGAGGAAGAAGAAAACGCGGAAACGGGGCUGUGAAGGUUGGCAGUCUUCCCUCCUCGCCAGGGCUUUUCCUCAGCGCAGGGGUCGACUUGGGGACACCCCUGUCGACCCCGCUGACGUCGUUCACCGUCGCAAGGAGUCCAGGCAGCAACAGCUGGGGCGACCGUCUGACAGAACUCGCCUCCUCCUUCGCGGGCCUCCCGGUAGGCCUCGCCAGCAUCAUCUCUGAAGUCUCCACGGGGACUCUCCGCGCGCCUCCGCCAGGAGGAGGGCUCACACCGUCACCGUGGCGCGGGGCCCAGAGCAGAGCGGAAAAACCACGACGCGAGUUCGCCCAGACUAGUGAGCGGGGAUUCGGGCGCGAGGACGCCUACGAGCGACGCCCGCAUGCUUGCUCGCCGUCGGUGUAUCAGAAACUAGGGCUCUGUGAGGCGAUGCAGCAGCGAAGGGAGUUCGUCACGUCUCCAUAUCGUGCGGGACUCCUCGACGGCGCCUCCCUCGCCGGAAAAGGCGUUGUGCCUGGACGACGAGCGGGCCUGUUGCCGGGAGACGAUCGCAGACCAAUGCACAUGCGGACGCCAGACACCACCUCCACCGCUUGCUCGCCCGCCUUCUCUCCGGGCUUGGGCGGCGGGGCGGGCGGAGGCGGCUCAGGCGCGCGCGAGGCUUGCUGA